ACACACACACACACACACACACACACACACGCACACACACACACACACACGCACACACAGAAGUGGAUUUUUUGAAAACUUAUCACACGUUCACACACUCCGCUUGAGUUGAAGAGGUUGAGGAUGAGGAGGAUGGUGCUGAUGAAGGCGCUGGUGUUUUGGUGCCUGCUCUCUGCGGUCUCGCGCGGAGUCCAGUCGCAGUUUCCGCGCGCGUGCAGCACGGUGGAGGCGAUCGAGUUGAAGCGCUGCUGUCCGUCUCCGAGCGCCGAUACCGAGGACGCGUGCGGCGCGCGCUCCGGACGCGGGGUCUGCGAUUCCGUGCGCACGGAUACGCGGCCGUGGGGGGGGACGUACACGCUGCGUAACGUGGAUGACCGCGAGCGUUGGCCGACCAAGUUCUUCACGCAGACCUGCACGUGUUUCGGUAAUUUUGCUGGCUAUGACUGUGGCGAGUGCAAGUUUGGUUGGACUGGACCCAACUGCAAUCUACGCAAGGCUCCUGUGAUCCGGAAGAACAUCAUGUCUCUGAGUGAGGAGGAGAGGCGGAUCUUCCUGGAUGUGCUGCAGCGUUCCAAACACACCAUACACCCCCAGUACGUCAUCGCCACCGAACACUGGCUCGGCCUGAUCGACCGCCAAACCAAUCAGACACGCUUCAGCAACAUCACUGUGUACGACCUGUUCGUCUGGCAACACUACUACUCCGUGAGGGACACACUGCUUGGUCCUGGGCGUCCAUUCAAAGCCAUCGAUUUCUCCCAUAAAGGCCCCGCCUUCAUCACCUGGCACAGGUACCAUCUCCUGAGUCUGGAGCGAGACCUUCAGAAACUGAUAGGUGAUGACAAUUUUGCUAUUCCUUACUGGAAUUUUGCAACGGGUGGCUCUGAGUGCGACGUCUGCACUGAUGAUCUUUUAGGAGGAGAAGACCCUGGUGACCCGUCACUCAUCAGCCCUAGAUCACCGUUCAGUGACUGGGGAAUCGUGUGUGACAGCUUGGACGAAUAUAACCGUUUGGUGACACUGUGUAACGGGACAAGAGAGGGACCUUUGCGUCGAGGCUUGAAGGAAAGAGGCAACAUUACUUUGCCAACGAUGGGCAACGUGCGCAGCUGCCUCCAGUUGCGGGACUUCGACAGGCCGCCGUAUUUUACCAACUCCACCUUUAGCUUCAGAAAUGCGUUGGAGGGGUUCGAUAAAGCAGACGGAGAACUCGACAGCGCUGUGAUGGGUUUACACAACCUCGUCCAUGACUUUCUGAGUGGCACCAACGCACUGUCCCACUCGGCCGCCAACGACCCCAUCUUUGUGGUGUUACAUGCCUUCACUGAUGCCAUAUUUGAAGAAUGGCUGCGUCGCUUCCCAAAAAAUGACAGUUUUCCUGAAGAAAUGGCUCCAAUCGGCCAUAACCGCCAUUUUAAUAUGGUUCCCUUCUUUCCUCCGAUCACAAACGAGGAACUCUACAUUCCCUCUGUGGAGCUAGGCUACUCCUACCAGAUCGACCUCGGAGAUGCAGGUCAAUCCCCAGCCGUAUUCAUUGUUGCCGGCUCCUGCCUCGCUCUUUUCGUCCUCCUCCUCCUUAUGGUUCUGUACGCACGGCAGAGACACAGAAGCGAGUACGAGCCGCUCGUCAGCGUUGGUUAUCCUGCUGUGAAAUACACCGAGGACGCCUGAUUAAACGCACACAAUCUUAAAUGCAGUAUGUUUAGUUAAGGCACUGCUGCACACUGAACACCCUAGCAAUAGAGCAAUACAACUAACAUGAGUGACGCUAGCUGGCUAAUUAUCAGUCCAGUCAGCAUGCUAAUUCAUUCCUCACACAAACCUCACGCUAACAUUAUGCUGAUGUUUCACUAACUCCAACUCUUUUAGCAUGCUAGCACGAGUAAGACAAUAAAUGCUGAAUGUAGAUUACUUUUUGAAUGAUUUCCUUUCUAAAUGCUUUAGAUUUGGCACACAACAACUUUGACAAUUCACAAGCCAUUGUUUUAACUUUUACAUGGUCUAUUACUUACACUUGAAUUAACUCAUCUAUGUGAAGCCAAUCUCACUGGAUUCUGUGAA